GGCGGUUGGGGAAGCCCGCCAAGGGCGACGGUUCCCCUCCAGCCCCACAGGCUGUGCAGCUCCGGCAGUGAGUCUCCCUCAGGUCUCUGGGUCAGCCGGCGCCCCAGUGCGUGCCUCGGGGCAGGGAUCCCGGCUUUUCACUACUGUUAGUAACAGCUCGCGCGCGCUGCUUCACAGCAGGUGGGGGAGCCUACUUUUAGUCUUCCCAUCGACACCCUUAGAUGGCAGUUUUAACUUUCUCCCUACACACAAGGAGCUGCUAUACAUGGUUCCGGCUUGACGCGGAUACCUAGGUGACCCUUGGCGGCCAGGCCGGGCAGACUUCCGGGUGGGUGAGCCCUGGCGCUGUGCGGAGCCACUCGCUGCGCUGAAGCAGUGCGCAUGCGCACUGGACGCUUCUUACCGGCGUCCUGACUACAAUACCCAGGACGCACCCAGCCCGCCGCCUCUCGGAGCCCUUUUCAAACCGACCAAUCGGCAACCCGCGUCUCCCGGCGCCGCGUUUAAAUCCGUGCCGGAGGCGCGUCCUGCAUCGUCUGCCGCUUUGGUGACUUCUGACAGCUCUCUCCAUGGAAGGAGGCGGCGGCCGCGAUGAGCCUUCAGCCUGCCGGGCAGGGGACGUGAACAUGGAUGACCCUAAGAAGGAAGACAUUCUUCUUUUGGCCGAUGAAAAAUUUGACUUCGAUCUUUCAUUGUCUUCUUCAAGUGCAAAUGAAGAUGAUGAAGUCUUCUUCGGACCCGUUGGACAUAAAGAAAGAUGUAUUGCUGCCAGCUUGGAAUUAAAUAAUGCGGUUCCCGAACAGCCUCCGUUGCCCGCAUCUGAGAGUCCCUUUGCCUGGAGCCCUCUGGCCGGGGAGAAGUUCGUGGAGGUGUACAAAGAAGCUCACUUACUGGCUUUACACAUUGAGAGCAGCAGCCGGAACCAGGCAGCCCAAGCUGCCAAGCCUGAAGACCCUCGGAGCCAGGGCGUGGAAAGAUUCAUACAGGAGUCAAAAUUAAAAAUAAACCUCUUUGAGAAAGAAAAGGAAAUGAAGAAAAGCCCCACGUCUCUUAAAAGGGAGACAUACUACCUGUCAGACAGCCCCUUGCUGGGGCCCCCUGUGGGUGAGCCUCGGCUCUUGGCCUCCUCCCCGGCCCUGCCCAGCUCUGGUACCCAGGCCAGCCUCGCCCGGGCGCCGGGGCCUCCGCGCUCUGCUCAUGCUUUGCCCAGGGAAUCAUGCACUGCUCAUGCUCCAAGUCAGGCAGCGACUCAGAGGAAGCCCGGGACCAAAUUGCUGCUGCCUCGAGCGGCCUCUGUUAGAGGAAGAAGCAUCCCUGGGGCUGCGGAGAAGCCCAAGAAAGAGAUUCCAGCUAGUCCUUCCAGGACAAAAAUCCCAGCUGAGAAGGAAUCCCACCGGGAUGUUCUCCCUGACAAACCUGCCCCGGGUGCUGUCAAUGUGCCGGCCGCCGGAAGCCACUUGGGCCAGGGCAAGCGGGCGAUCCCUGUUCCAAACAAGUUGGGGCUGAAGAAGACCCUGUUGAAAGCACCCGGCUCUACCAGCAAUCUCGCAAGGAAGUCCUCCUCGGGGCCUGUUUGGAGCGGGGCAUCCAGUGCGUGCACAUCCCCAGCAGCGGGCAAAGCUAAAUCAAGUGAAUUUGCAAGUAUUCCUGCAAAUAGCUCCCGGCCUCUGUCAAACAUCAGCAAGUCAGGCAGAAUGGGACCCGCCAUGCUGCGGUCAGCUCUGCCUGCAGGCCCUGUGGGGGCACCCUCCUGGCAAGCCAAGCGGGUCGAUGUUUCUGAGCUGGCAGCGGAGCAGCUCACGGCACCCCCCUCAGCAUCCCCCACCCAACCCCAGACUCCGGAAGGUGGCGGCCAGUGGCUGAACUCCAGUUGCACUUGGUCAGAAUCUUCUCAAUUGAAUAAGACUAGAAGUAUCAGACGGCGAGAUUCCUGUCUAAAUUCCAAGACAAAGGUUAUGCCUACUCCUACAAAUCAAUUUAAAAUUCCUAAGUUUUCUAUUGGUGACUCCCCGGACAGCUCAACACCAAAGCUUUCGCGGGCACAGCGGCCGCAGUCGUGCAUGUCAGUUGGCAGGGUCACUGUCCACAGCACCCCGGUUAGACGCUCAUCUGGGCCAGCACCACAAAGCCUGCUGAGCGCACGGCGUGUGUCAGCCUUGCCCACACCCGCCAGCCGGCGCUUCUCUGGCCUUCCACCGAUGACCCCCAAAACGAUGCCCAGGGCCGUGGGCUCUCCCCUGUGUGUGCCAGCUCGGAGACUUUCCUCCGAGCCCCGCAAGAACUCUGCAAUGAGAACUGAACCAACAAGGGAGAGCAACAGAAAGACAGAUUCCAGGCUGGUGGAUGUGUCCCCUGACAGGGGUUCUCCUCCUUCCCGUGUGCCUCAGGCACUUAACUUUUCUCCAGAGGAAAGCGAUUCUACUUUCUCCAAAAGUACUGCCACAGAAGUAGCUCGGGAGGAAGCCAAGCCGGGUGGAGAUGCAGCCCCUAAUGAGGCUCUUCUUGUAGAUAUCAAACUGGACCCACUUGCGGUCACUCCAGAUGCUGCAAGCCAGCCCCUCAUUGACCUUCCUCUCAUCGACUUCUGCGAUACCCCAGAAGCACACGUGGCUGUGGGAUCUGAAAGCAGGCCUCUGAUCGACCUCAUGACAAACACUCCAGACAUGAAUAAAAAUGUGGCCAAACCUUCACCGGUGGUGGGACAGCUCAUAGACCUGAGCUCCCCUCUGAUCCAGCUGAGCCCUGAGGCUGACAAGGAGAACGUGGAUUCCCCACUCCUCAAGUUCUAAGCAGAACCAAAUCCUUUGCCUUGAAAGAACAGCCCUAAAGUGGUUUUCAACCCUCAGAAACAAGCUUUAGGCUGGUCGCAGUGGCUUACACUUGUAACCCUAGAACUUGGGAGGCCGAGGUGGGCGGAUUACUUGAGCCCAGGAGUUCGGGACCAGCCUGGGCAAUAUAGUGAGACCCCUGUCCCUACAAAAAAUACAAAAAUUAGCCGGGUGUGGUAGUGCAUGCCUGUAGUCCCAGCUACUUGGGAGGCUGAAGUGGGAGGAUGGCUGAGCUCAAGGAGAUGCAGGCUGCAGUGGGCUGUGAUUGUGCCACUGCACUCCAGCCUGGGCACCAGUGUGAGAACCUGUCUUGGAAAAAAAAAAAGAAACAUGUUUUAGUAGAAGUUUUAUUUGAAAAAGAAAAAUAAGCAUAAAGAUAUUCCCAGUGCUGGAGAGGGUGGGCUGAGGGACUGGGGCCAGCACGGACCACCCAAGGCCUCUGCUUCCCGCCGCCACCCUCCUCGCUGCCAUUCUCUGGGCUGGAAUGUGAAGCCUUAGUCACUCUAAAUGAAGAAUUUUCUUUUGAAUGUUUUGUAUGUAAAAUAGCAAGUGGCUAUUUUUAAAGUUAAGUUUGUAUAAAUAGUUAGAUAUUCUAGAUUUACAUUAAAUUGUAAAAUAAAUGGACUUAUUGAAGCAUA